CUUGAUCGGAUCACCUCUCUCUUUUCCUUCCAGGAUGGCUCGUUUUGGGGAGGCGAUGGCUGGCCGGCUGGGAUCUGGAGAUGGAGCCCCCGAACAGAACAGGAACCGCCAGGGAGCACCUGCUUCUUCAGGGGGAACCCCAGUCGCGUACAAGCAGACCAAAGCCCAAAGGGCCAGGACUAUGGCGCUCUACAACCCCAUCCCCGUCCGCCAGAACUGCUUCACAGUCAACAGAUCCCUCUUCAUCUUUGGGGAAGAUAACAUUGUCAGGAAAUAUGCCAAGAAGCUCAUCGACUGGCCUCCCUUUGAAUACAUGAUUCUGGCAACCAUCAUUGCGAACUGCAUCGUUCUGGCUCUGGAACAGCACCUCCCUGAGGAUGAUAAGACACCUAUGUCUCGGAGAUUAGAGAAGACAGAACCUUAUUUUAUUGGGAUCUUUUGCUUUGAAGCUGGCAUUAAAAUAGUUGCUUUGGGAUUCGUUUUCCACAAGGGCUCAUACCUGCGGAAUGGAUGGAAUGUGAUGGAUUUUAUUGUGGUCCUGAGUGGCAUCCUCGCCACAGCAGGGACACAUUUCAACACCCAUGUGGACUUGAGGACGCUGCGGGCGGUGCGAGUGCUCAGACCCUUGAAGCUUGUCUCGGGCAUUCCUAGUUUACAGAUUGUGCUUAAAUCCAUCAUGAAGGCAAUGGUGCCUCUUCUCCAGAUAGGCCUCCUCCUUUUUUUUGCUAUCCUGAUGUUUGCCAUCAUUGGCCUGGAGUUCUAUAGUGGAAAGCUGCACCGGGCUUGCUACGUGAACAAUUCAGGUGAAUUACAAGAGCUGGACCCGCCUCAUCCCUGUGGGGUGCAGCUAUGCCCUGCCGGUUACAAGUGCAGAGACUGGAUUGGGCCCAACGAUGGGAUCACUCAGUUUGACAACAUCCUCUUUGCUGUGCUGACCGUCUUCCAGUGCAUUACCAUGGAAGGAUGGACUACAGUGCUGUACAAUACCAAUGAUGCCUUAGGAGCCACCUGGAACUGGCUGUACUUCAUCCCCCUUAUCAUCAUUGGAUCAUUCUUUGUUCUCAACCUUGUCUUGGGAGUGCUUUCUGGGGAAUUUGCCAAAGAGAGAGAGCGAGUGGAAAAUCGCCGGGCCUUCAUGAAACUGAGGAGACAGCAGCAGAUCGAGCGGGAGCUGAACGGCUACCGGGCCUGGAUAGAUAAAGCAGAGGAAGUAAUGCUGGCUGAAGAGAACAAAAAUUCUGGCACAUCAGCCUUAGAAGUUCUCAGGAGGGCAACCAUCAAAAGGAACCGGACAGAAGUCAUGAAUCGUGACUCUAGUGAUGAGCGUGUAGAUAUCUCCUCUGUGGGCACCCCACUCGCUCGCGCCAGCAUCAAGAGUGCUAAAUUGGAUGGCGCGUCAUACUUCCGGCACAAGGAACGGCUCCUGCGCAUCUCUGUUCGUCACAUGGUGAAAUCCCAGGUGUUCUAUUGGCUCGUCUUGAGCAUAGUAGCCCUCAACACUGCCUGUGUGGCCAUUGUCCAUCACAACCAACCUCCGUGGCUCACUCACCUCCUCUACUAUGCAGAGUUUAUAUUUCUGGGGCUCUUCCUCCUAGAGAUGUCCUUGAAGAUGUAUGGAAUGGGACCACGCCUUUACUUUCAUUCUUCUUUCAACUGCUUUGACUGUGGGGUCACAGUGGGGAGUAUCUUUGAAGUGGUUUGGGCUAUCUUCAGACCAGGAACUUCAUUUGGAAUUAGUGUCAUGCGAGCCCUGCGGCUUCUGAGAAUAUUUAAAAUCACAAAGUAUUGGGCUUCCUUGAGGAAUUUGGUGGUCUCACUGAUGAGUUCUAUGAAGUCUAUUAUCAGCCUGCUCUUCCUCCUUUUCCUCUUCAUUGUAGUCUUUGCCCUGCUUGGGAUGCAGCUGUUUGGUGGCAGAUUUAAUUUUAUGGAUGGGACUCCUUCUGCAAAUUUCGACACUUUUCCUGCAGCUAUCAUGACAGUUUUCCAGAUAUUGACAGGUGAAGACUGGAAUGAGGUGAUGUACAAUGGGAUUCGCUCCCAAGGUGGUGUUAGCUCAGGAAUGUGGUCGUCCAUCUACUUCAUCGUCCUCACUCUGUUUGGAAACUAUACCCUGCUUAAUGUGUUCUUGGCCAUCGCUGUGGACAACCUCGCCAAUGCACAGGAGCUGACAAAGGAUGAGCAGGAGGAAGAAGAGGCUUUUAACCAGAAGCAUGCUCUGCAGAAAGCCAAAGAAGUCAGCCCAAUGUCUGCCCCCAACAUGCCUGCUAUAGAAAGAGACAGAAGGAGGAGACACCACAUGUCGAUGUGGGAACCACGCUCCAGCAAUCUGAGGGACAGGAGAAGGCGGCACCACAUGUCUGUAUGGGAACAGCGGACCAGCCAGCUUCGCCGACACAUGCAGAUGUCCAGCCAGGAGGGCAUCAACAAGGACCCUCCAUUGCUCAAUCCCCAUGCCAGUAUUUUUCGAAGGAGGAACACUGGCGUUGAGAAGAAGGAGGAGGAGCAAGGCAGCAAGCCGGAGCGGGCCAACGGAGAAGGCCAGGAGCAACAAAUCCCAGGAUCCAAUCCCUGCCCCAGCAUCAGGGAGGACCAGAGGAGCCCAUCUCCCAGAGCCAAGAGGGACUGGGAAGAGUGGCAUCACAAGUCCUUCCACGGGAACUGUGACCUGAAUGAGCAGGAAGGUGGAGGGAGCACGGCCUUUGAGGAGAGGGCCAAGCUCCGGCAAAGUCAGAGGCGCAGCCGCCAUCGCAGGGUGAGGAUGGAGGCCAAGGAGAACAGGUCCGCCAGCCAAGAGACAGGUCCAGAUGGGAUCAGUCCUUCAAAGGGAGAACAGAAUGAGGAGCAGAAGAAAAACGAGGAGGAAAAGGAGGCCUUAAUUGAAAAGGUGCAGGUGGCUGGUGAGGAGCCGGAAAGAAACAAAGAAGCCACAGCAAACGAUGCUGAGUUUGCUGUGGCCACCCAAGAACCAAGCCCCUCCGAAGGCCACCUUGCGUUGGACAAAGGCAAGGAUGCUAGUCCGACUGAGCAGGAUGGCAGUAGCCUAGACACAAGUGAGCAAGCGCUGCUGGGUGACCUGGCAAGGGAGACCGGCAGGACUAUAAGCAGGAGUGAACCUGAUCUCUCCUCCAUCACAGCCAACAUGGAGAAAGCCACGGAGAGCACCACCAUAAUGAUUGACGUUCAAGAUUCUGCUGUGGUACAGAUUAGCAACAAGACAGAUGGAGAGGCCAGCCCUUUGAAGGAGGCAGAGACAAAGGAAGAGGAGGAUGUGGAGGCAGAGAAGAAGAAACGGAAAAAGGAGAAGAAGUCCGAGACGGGCAAACCUAUGGUGCCCCACAGCUCCAUGUUCAUCUUCAGCACCACAAACCCAAUCCGAAGGGCCUGCCAUUACAUUGUCAACUUGCGCUAUUUUGAAAUGUGCAUCCUUCUGGUGAUCGCAGCAAGCAGCAUUGCCUUGGCCGCGGAGGACCCCGUCCUGACCAACUCGGAGAGGAAUAAAGUCCUGAGAUACUUUGAUUACGUUUUCACUGGCGUGUUCACCUUUGAGAUGGUUAUUAAGAUGAUAGAUCAGGGAUUAAUACUGCAAGAUGGCUCCUAUUUCCGGGAUCUCUGGAACAUCUUGGAUUUCAUUGUGGUGGUCGGAGCACUGAUGGCCUUUGCCUUGGCGACCAAUAAAGGCCGGGACAUUAAAACUAUCAAGUCUCUUCGUGUUCUACGGGUGUUGAGGCCUUUGAAGACCAUCAAGCGGUUACCCAAACUCAAGGCAGUCUUUGACUGCGUCGUGACAUCACUGAAAAAUGUCUUCAACAUACUCAUUGUCUACAAGCUCUUCAUGUUCAUCUUUGCUGUUAUCGCAGUCCAACUCUUCAAGGGCAAAUUCUUCUACUGUACAGACAGUUCGAAGGAUACACAGAAGGACUGCAUAGGCAACUAUGUGGACCACGAGAAAAACAAGAUGGAAGUGAAAUGCCGAGAAUGGAAGCGCCAUGAAUUCCACUAUGACAAUAUCAUUUGGGCUUUGCUUACGCUCUUCACGGUCUCCACUGGAGAAGGUUGGCCACAGGUUCUGCAGCAUUCAGUGGAUGUGACCGAGGAAGACCGUGGCCCCAGCCGUAGCAACCGCAUGGAGAUGUCCAUUUUUUAUGUGGUGUAUUUUGUAGUCUUCCCUUUUUUCUUCGUUAACAUCUUUGUGGCUCUCAUCAUCAUCACUUUCCAGGAGCAGGGAGACAAAAUGAUGGAGGAGUGCAGCCUCGAGAAGAAUGAGAGAGCGUGCAUUGACUUUGCUAUCAGUGCCAAACCCCUCACCCGCUACAUGCCUCAAAACCGACACACAUUCCAGUACCGGGUCUGGCACUUCGUGGUCUCCCCAUCAUUUGAAUACACCAUUAUGGCCAUGAUAGCACUUAAUACUGUGGUGCUAAUGAUGAAGUACUAUUCUGCUCCCUACACAUAUGAACUGGCUCUGAAGUACCUGAACAUUGCUUUUACCAUGGUUUUCUCAUUGGAAUGUGUCCUGAAAAUUAUAGCUUUUGGUUUUCUGAAUUAUUUCCGUGACACCUGGAACAUCUUUGAUUUCAUCACUGUGAUUGGCAGCAUUACAGAAAUUAUCUUGACGGAUAGCAAGCUGGUAUAUACCAGCGGCUUCAACAUGAGCUUUCUGAAAUUGUUCCGGGCUGCCCGUCUCAUCAAACUGCUUCGCCAAGGUUAUACCAUUCGAAUUCUUCUGUGGACAUUUGUGCAGUCAUUCAAGGCCCUUCCGUAUGUUUGUCUCCUGAUUGCGAUGCUCUUUUUCAUUUACGCAAUAAUUGGGAUGCAGGUUUUUGGGAAUAUCAAAUUAGAAGAAGACAGCCACAUUAACCGUCACAACAAUUUCCGCAGUUUCCUAGGUUCACUCAUGCUUCUUUUCAGGAGCGCAACAGGGGAGGCAUGGCAGGAGAUCAUGCUUUCAUGCCUAGAAGGUAAAGGAUGCGAGCGAGACACCACAGCGACAGCUGGGCAAAACGUGAAUGAGCGCUGUGGCACAGAUCUGGCGUACGUUUACUUUGUCUCCUUCAUCUUCUUCUGCUCCUUCUUGAUGCUCAACCUCUUUGUAGCUGUCAUCAUGGACAACUUUGAAUACUUGACUCGUGAUUCCUCCAUCUUGGGACCUCAUCACCUUGAUGAAUUUGUCCGGAUUUGGGCAGAGUAUGACAGAGCUGCAUGUGGCCGCAUCCAUUACACUGAGAUGUAUGAAAUGCUGACUCUCAUGUCCCCACCACUAGGCCUCGGCAAGAGAUGUCCCUCCAAAGUUGCUUAUAAGAGACUGGUCCUGAUGAAUAUGCCUGUGGCUGAAGACAACACAGUCCAUUUCACUUCCACCUUGAUGGCACUGAUCCGAACAGCUUUGGAUAUUAAGAUCGCUAAAGGUGGUGCAGACUGGCAGCAGCUAGACUCUGAGCUCCAGAAGGAGAUUCUGACCAUCUGGCCUCACCUUUCGCAGAAGAUGCUAGAUCUAUUGGUGCCCAUGCCAAAAACUACAGACCUGACAGUAGGAAAAAUCUACGCAGCCAUGAUGAUAAUGGACUAUUAUAAGCAGAGUAAAGCUAAGAAGCAAAGGCAGCAGCUGGAAGAACAGAAAAAUGCCCCAAUGUUCCAGCGCAUGGAGCCUUCCUCUCUUCCUCAGGAGAUCAUUUCCAAUGCCAAAGCUUUGCCUUACCUCCAGCAAGAUACACUUUCAGGACUGAGCAGCCGGAGUGGGUUCCCCUCCCUGAGUCCACUCUCUCCUCAAGAGAUAUUCCAGUUGGCUUGUAUGGAUUCAGCCCAUGGGGAAUACCAAGAGCAGCAGUCUCUGGAGCCAGAGGUUAGAGAGUUUAAAAGAGUGCAGCCCUCUAACUGUGGCAGCUACCUCCCGGUGGAUACUCAGGAACGAGCUGUAUCUGGGAGGGCCUCUUCCAUGCCACGCCUGACUGUGGAUCCCCAGGUGGUUACAGAUCCAGCCUCCAUGAGACGUUCAUUUUCUACUAUCCGAGACAAGCGGACGAACGCCUCCUGGUUAGAUGAGUUCUCUAUGGAAAAGAGCAGUGAGAACACUUACAAAUCCCGCCGGCGCAGCUACCAUUCUGCACUGCACCUGUCUUCACGGCGCCUCAACACAGACUCAGGCCAUCGUUCCGACACACAUCGGUCAGGAGGCCGGGAGCGAGGCCGAUCCAAGGAACGCAAGCACUUGCUCUCACCAGACAUUUCUCGUUGCAACUCAGAGGAAAGGAGUCCACAGGCAGAUGGUGACUCUCCGGAGCGACGUCAGUCCAGGUCUCCCAGUGAAGGCAGGUCACAAACUCCCAACAGACAGGGCACGGGCUCCUUGAGCGAGAGUUCCAUCCCAUCUCUCUCUGACACCAGCACACCCAGGCGAAACCGCCGCCAGCUCCCUCCAGUGCCGCCCAAGCCACGCCCCCUCAUCUCCUACGCUGCGAUGAUGCAGCACUGCGGCGACACCUCCCCGCAAGCUGACGAUAGUGAGGGUGGCUCCCCUCUGCUUUCCGGGACUCUGGAGACCAACAACGCCUGCUUGACUGAGUCUUCCAGCUCCCCACAGGGAAAGCAGAGCCUGCUCUCCACCCCCCAGCGCUACAUCUCAGAGCCUUACCUGAUGCUCCAGGAUGACUCUCACGCUUCAGACUGUGGUGAGGAGGAGACGCUCACCUUUGAGGCUGCUGUGGCCACCAGCCUUGGCCGCUCCAACACCAUUGCGUCGGGGCCUCGCUCGAGGCACAGCUGGCAGAUGCCCAACGGGCACUACCGGAGGAGGAGGAGAGGGGCCCCACAGGGGGUGAUGUACGGGGCCAGCAUCGACGUACUCAGCGAUACUGAAGAAGACGACAAAUGCUAGAGGUUGCCUCCCCUCCCCGCUCU